CAUUUUGAUCAUUUUCUCUUUUAGGCUGAAUCAUUUCUUGGAUAGAAUCUUAGGUGUACAUUUUGUACUUCCAACAGUACUGUAUAUCACUUGGAGGCUGGAGCUUGAAGAAAAAAAAAUGUUGCCACUAAAAAGAGCUGUUCUUUCAUGGAUUCUUGCAGUGAACUGCUUCAUGUUGUUGAGUUUGGGUGACUCAACAAGAGUUGCCCAAGAAGAAGUGGACAUUAUGGAACAAAUCGCCACUACAAUGGGAGCAACACACUGGAAAUUCAAUGGUGAAUCGUGCCAGAUUGAAGCAGUCAGGGUGACAACUGAUCUGCCAAGUUGGUUUGAAACUGAUGUUGUAUGCAACUGCAGUAUAGGAAAUGAUACUGCCUGCCACAUAGUAGCUAUCACUCUUAAGGGUAUAAAUCUUCCUGGCGUUCUUCCACCUGAACUGGUAAAGCUUCCUUACAUUCAAAAAGUUGAUUUUGCAUACAAUUACCUCAGUGGUAGUAUACCAACUGAAUGGGCGUCAACCCAGUUAAAUUCCAUCUCUGUUCUUGUGAACCGGUUGUCAGGGGUUAUACCGAAGGAACUGGGAAACAUUACCAGCCUUACCUAUAUAAACCUUGAAGGAAACCGAUUCUCAGGCAUCAUUCCUGAUGAACUAGGGAAAUUGAUAAACUUAAAGGCGCUGAUAUUGUCCUCCAACCAACUGGAGGGAGAGCUGCCAGUGUCACUCUCUGGACUUGUAAAUUUAGCAGAUUUUAGGAUAAGUGAUAACAAUCUCAGUGGGCCAAUUCCAGAUUUUAUAGAGAAAUGGAAACAACUUACAAAAUUAGAGCUGCAUGCUACCGGUUUAGAGGGUCCCAUUCCAUUAAGCAUAUCUCUUCUCAAUAUGUUAACCGAUCUGAGGAUUAGCGACAUAAAAGGACCAAUGCAUGAAUUUCCUCCUCUAAUUAACAUGACAGACCUAGAGAGACUGGUACUGAGAAACUGCAACCUUUCGGGAGUAAUUCCAGGAUAUAUUUGGAAACUGAAAACUAUACAAACAUUGGAUGUUAGUUUCAAUAAGCUCAUUGGAACGAUUCCGGAUGACAUUAGUGCAAGAAGUAUGCUUAAAUUUGUGUUUUUAUCUGGUAACAUGCUCAGUGGAGAUAUACCUGCCUCAAUCUUGAAGAACGGAAUAAAUGUUGAUCUUUCCUACAAUAACUUUACUUGGCAAGGCCCUGAACAACCAGCUUGUCGGCAAAACAUGAAUUAUUACAUAAACCUGUACAGGAGCUCUGCAGUUGCAGGGACUCUUAAGAACGUUCUUCCGUGUACAGAGGAUUUAACUUGUCCAAGAUAUGGGUGUUCCUUGCAUGUGAAUUGUGGAGGAAAUGAUGUUGCUAUUACAGAAAACAACAGGCAUAUUGAUUUUGACGGAGAUGCUCAUGUUGAAGGUGGUUCUGCAAGAAAUUUCCGCAGUGACAAGUACUGGGGAUUUAGUAGCACCGGAGACUUCAUGGAUGAUGAUAAUGAUCAGAAUACACGUUUUAUUGAGACUAUACCAUCAACUGACCUGUCUGAACUGUAUAGUAGAGCAAGGGUUUCUCCACUUUCACUUACUUAUUUCCAUUAUUGCUUGGAGAAUGGGAGUUACAAUGUUAGUCUGCACUUUGCUGAGAUAAUAUUUAAAAACGACAGUACAUAUAACAGUCUUGGAAGGCGCAUCUUUGAUAUAUAUAUCCAGGAGAAACUAGUUUGGAAAGACUUUAAUAUUGAAGAGGAAGCUCUUGGAGUCCUAAGGCCUGUGAUCAGAUACUUUAAUGCUACUGUAACAGAUAGUGUCUUGGAGAUCCGAUUUUAUUGGGCUGGCAAGGGCACUGCCCGCAUUCCUCUUAGGGGACAUUAUGGUUCACUCAUAUCAGCUAUCUCAGUUGACUCAAAUUUCAAGUUCUGUUCAAACAAGGACAGAAAGACCACAAUAAUUUAUGUUAUUGUUGGAGUUUUGGCUGCAUGUAUCACUUUUUUCCUACUGAGCAUUCUUUGGUGGAAAGGCUGUCUAUGUAGAGAAAGUAAAAGAAGAGAUCUCAAUGGUGUAGAGCUGCAGAUGGUUUGUUUUACUCUGAAGCAAAUAAAAACUGCCACUAAAAAUUUUGAUGCUUCAAACAAGAUUGGCGAAGGUGGUUUUGGUCCUGUUUACAAGGGUCAAUUACUUGAUGGUACAUUAGUUGCAGUGAAGCAGCUCUCCUCUCAAUCAAAGCAAGGCAACCGUGAAUUCUUGAAUGAGAUUAGCACGAUAUCCUGUUUGCAACACCCCAAUUUGGUUAAGCUUCAUGGGUGCUGUAUUGAAGCAGACCAGUUACUGCUUGUAUAUGAAUACUUAGAUAACAAUAGCCUUGCGAGCGUGUUGUUUGAGAACAGCCGAUUGAAUCUGGAUUGGCCCACAAGGUUUAGGAUCUGUCUCGGAAUAGCAAGAGGUCUAGCUUUUCUACAUGAGGAAUCAAGCCUAAAAAUUGUACAUCGGGACAUCAAAGCUACCAAUGUGCUUCUGGAUGGACAGCUCAAUCCCAAAAUCUCCGACUUUGGACUAGCUAGACUCACUGAAGAUGAGAAGACCCAUAUUAGUACUCGAGUUGCUGGAACAAUAGGAUACAUGGCACCAGAAUACGCACUCUGGGGUUAUUUGACUGACAAGGCAGAUGUUUACAGCUUUGGAGUUGUACUUUUGGAAACUGUCAGUGGAAAGAACAACAAUAACUACAUGCCGAGCCACACUAGCAUUUGUCUCUUAGAUUGGGCCUGUCACUUGCAUCUAAGUGGGAGUAUAGAGGAGCUCAUAGAUCAGAGAUUGGGGUCUGAUAUUAAUAAACAAGAAGUGGAAAAAAUAGUAAAAGUGGCACUCUUGUGCACUAGUGCCACUCCCUCACUCAGGCCUAUCAUGUCCGAGGUAGUGUCUAUGCUUGAAGGACGAAUCGCUAUUCCAGAUGAAAUUCCAGAGGCAAGUACUUAUUCCAAUGAUCUGAGGUUUAAAGCCAUGAAAGAUUUUCAUCAAGAGAGGCAAAAUCAGAAGCUAAUUCAAACCCAAACUCAAAACACCAUAACUAUUCGAACUGACAUGGGUUCUUCUUCUGCAUCUACAACUAAUAUGUUCGAUUAAGUUCAGUUUCAAGAUCAAACAGACACGUAAUGUCAUUUCAUCCAUGGUAAGCCUGGCUCAUUCUAACUUGUGUUCUCGAGGGUGCUAGACCACCUCCAUGUGUAUUUAUACUUGUAAUUAAGCAAUUUGUUCAAUUUUUUUUGUAGCAGGCUUGCUGUGUAAUGUAAAUACAUGUUUCAGCUUUGAGGCUAAG